AUGAGCAUCACGUUCGAAGUUUUCCGGGGAUCGAAGGAUGGAAAGAUCAUUGCGGAUAAGACUACCCGCACUCUGGAACACAACGAGGUCUAUAUUGAGACCACUCACUCCGGUCUUUGUGGUACAGAUGAGCACUUCCUGAAAUCUGGACAAGUCCUGGGGCAUGAGGGCGUUGGUGUGAUCCGUCAGAUCGGCCGUGAUGUCACCAAUGUGAAGGUCGGUGAGCGGGUUGGGUUUGGAUACACCCACUAUGUGUGUGGAACCUGUGAAAGGUGCUUAACAGGAUGGGAUCAGUACUGUGAGAACAAGAAGGAAUAUGGUAGCCACGAUCACGACUUGGGAUCCUUCAGCGAGGGUGUCGUCUGGGAUGCCAGCUGUGUUGUUCCUAUCCCCGAUGGAUAUGAGUCUGCUGAUGCUGCGCCUUUGAUGUGCGCCGGUGGAACCGUCUGGACCGUUUUGUCUGAAUACGGUGUCCGAUCGACAGACCGUGUGGGCAUUAUGGGCGUCGGUGGUCUCGGCCAUCUGGCUAUCAAGCUGGCGGCUGCCAUGGGAUGCCAUGUGGUUGUCUUCUCCAGCUCUGAGGCUAAGCGCGAGGAGGCUUUUAGCUUCGGUGCCUCCGAAUAUCACGUUUUCAAGGCUGGCCAGAAGUUGACUGACUUCAAGCCGGUCAAGCAUCUCCUUCUCUGUGGCAGCGCCAACGUCGACUAUUCUUCCCUGUUCCCUCUGAUGGACAUUCACGGAUCGAUCUAUCCAUUGACCGUGGACUUUGCGCCCUCGCCGGUUCCGAUGCUGACCAUGAACACGAAGGGUGCUCGGAUCCAGGGUUCUCUCGUCGCUUCUCGCCACAGCCUUCGGACCCUGGUUCAAUUUGCUGCUGAGAAGAAGAUUGUCCCAACCACUAUGAAGUUCUCCAUGGAUAGUGAGGGCAUUGAGGAAGCGAUGCAGACACUUCGCGACGGCAAGAUGCGAUAUCGCGGUGUCCUGGUGCGUCAGUAA